AUGACGAUGGCGGCGGGGAUCGGCUACGCGCUGGUUGCGCUCGGCCCUUCUCUCUCACUCUUCAUCGCCGUCAUUUCUCACAAGCCCUUUCUCAUUCUCACCCUUCUUUCCAGUACUCUGGCGUGGCUGAUGACUCUCAUCGCACUAUCGGCAGUUUGGAGAGCGUUUCUCCCCUUCAAAUCCGCUGCGUGGUGGCCGUACGCACUUCUCAUCCUCACCUCUGUUGCCUUUCAAGAAGCUCUACGGGUUCUGUUAUGGAGACUGUACAAGAGGAUGGAAGAAAUACUGGAUGCAUUUGCUGAUAGAGUUUCUAAGCCCCGUCUCUUUAUUACUGAUAAGAUGCAAAUUGCUCUUGCCGGUGGAAUGGGUCAUGGUGUGGCCCAUGCUAUUUUCUUCUGCAUAAGCCUUUUAACGCCUGCAUUUGGCCCAGCAACCUAUUAUGUGGAGAAAUGCUCUCAGAUUCCAUUUUUUCUUGUAUCUGCUAUUAUAGCACUUGCAUUUGCCACAAUCCACACUUUCUCAAUGGUUAUUGCUUUCAAUGGUUGCUCGGAAGGAAACAGAAUCGACCUGUAUUUUGCUCCUAUAGUUCACCUUGCUGCAGGAAUGCUCACACUGAUUAAUCUUGCGCCUGGAGGCUGUGUGCUUGGCAUUCCUCUACUGUAUGUCAUGGCACUGGUAACUUUGGCACGUUGUGGGAAGGUCGUCUGGACAAGACUAACGGAACAUAGGAGCAGACAAGGGGACUUAUGA